UUUUGGAGAAUUUUUAGGAUUAACUUUAAAAAAUACAAUCUAGGGACUGGUGAGCUGGCUCAAAAGGUGAGGCACCUGCCACCAAACCUGAGGACUUGAGGCUGAUUCCUGGGACUCACAGGGUAGGAGAGCACCAGCUCUCCCAAGAUGCCCUCUGACUUACUGCAUGGAGAGACAAAGACACACACACACACAACAGAGAGAGAGAGAGAGAGAGAGAGAGAGAGAGAGAGAGAGAGAGAGAGAGAGAGAUUAAGGAAUGUGUAAUUUACUGUGCCUGCAACUCAGUGGGAGAGUUUUUUCCUCCAGAAAGCAGGAGAGACGGCUUGAGGCACGAUGCACAUUGCACUAGCCAGCACCUGGAGGUUUUGCUUUGCACAUGCUAAGUGAACACGGGGUUAAAAUACUGAUGAAAAUAAUUUCCCAAUGUCUAAAUACCGCCCUAGAAAUAAGUGACUUUGUUUAAGGAAAUGCUCAACAUCCUUAGUCAUCAGAGAAAUGCAAAUCAAAACAACUCUGAGAUUCCAUCUUGCACCUGUAAGAGUGGCCAAGAUCAAAAACACUGAUGACAACUUAUGCUGGAGAGGUUGUGGGGUAAAGGGAACACUCCUGCAUUGCUGGUGGGAGUGCAAUCUGGUACAACCCCUUUGGAUGUCAGUGUGGUGAUUUCUCAGAAAAUUAGGAAACAACCUUCCUCAAGACCCAGUAAUACCACUUUUGGGUACAUAUCCAAAGGGUGCUCAAUUGUGUCACAAGGACAUGUGCUCAACUAUGUUCGUAGCAGCAUUGUUUGUUAUGGCCAGAACCUGGAAACAACCUACACUGAACAACAACCUUCCCCUCGACUGAAGAAUGGAUAAGGAAAAUGUGGUACAUUUACACAAUGGAGAACUACACAGCAGAAAAAAAAAAACGACAUUUUGAAUUUUGCAGGCAAAUGGAUGGAGCUAGAAAACAUCAUUAUGAGGAAGUAACCCAGACCCAGAAAGACAAUUAUCACAUGUACUCACUCAUAAGUGGUUUUUAAACAUAAAGCAAAGAAAACCAGUCUACAAAUCACAAUCCCAGAGAACCUAGACAACAAUGAGGACCCUAACAGAGGCAUACAUGGAUCUAAUGUACAUGGGAAGUAGAAAAAGACAAGAUCUCCUGAGUAAAUUCGGAGCAUGGACCUUAGGAGAGGGCUGAAGGGGGGCGGGGGAGAGGCAGGAAGGGGAGCAGAGAAAAAUGUAAAGCUCAAUAAGUGUUGACAUCUCAGACCACGAAAACCUAAUAGAGACGGCUGAACAGGAGCAAUAGGCAAGGAUUUUUAUCUAGUUUGUACUUUUCCUUCAUUAUUCCUACUUGGUUCUGUGGGACAGGUAUGUAGGUCUUUAAAUGGUUGGGAGGGGGAGGGACAACCGCAGGUAUCAUUCCUCAAUGGUUAGGUCAAGCAGGCUGUCCAGUGAACCUUGGGAUCCUCCUGCCUGUUUGUCACCCCCAUCCUAUGGGUGCUGGGUCACCCUUGGGCCUCUGUUUACACAGCAAGCACUUUAGUGACCGAACUAUCUCCAGCUCUCUUUUCCAUUUGAAAUCUAAAUUUUUUUCAUUGUAACUUAGACAAUGUAAUUAAAAACACACUUGACAAUCAAAUCAGUAGUUUUCCUUAGAUUCGCUUUCUUGGUUAAACGCCUUUUAAAUCACUUGGUGUCCUUCUGCCUCAGAGCCUCUUCGGGGCUGGCAUCACAAGCGUGCCCCGGGCUUGCUUUUUGAAGCAAACACUUCCCUGACAGAGGGCUAAAUGACUCAUCUCAAACCCGUGGAGGAACAGAGGCCGGGGCUGUUGGUUGCUUCUUCUCCGGAGCCCCAAUGAUAAAAUCCAAGCAGGCAGCGGCGGGACGGCUAUAGCCGCCGAGCGGGCCCUUCCCGGGCAGGAAGCGCGUCGUUGUCCCCGGCUGCACCGGGGAGCCAUCCCUCCCGCGGACGGCUUGUGGCGGGCGACACCUGUGACCGCCCCUGGGAGGAGAGUGGAGUGGCAGCGUGGCCUGCAGGGCGCCAGGAACCCAGGAACUUCUGGGAAGAAGGAACCUUGGCUGAGAAAAAUGCCUUCUUCAGAUUGGCCUGUGGAACCCAGAUUAAAGCGCCAGUGCCCGUGCGGUAGGCCAAUGAUUGAGCGCCUGGGAGAACCACCCUAGACCACAUGUGGACAGCUGCUUCCCAAGGCCCCUCCUGGUCAUCCUGAGUUGGAUUAGUGACCAGAAAUGAGGCCACACUAGUGCCCUAAGCUAAGCAGCUUUAAGAAGAAAAGCUUCCUGUGGCUGUUGCCCGUGGUUAGAUGCCAGGAGGAGGAGGAGGAGAAGGCGGCUGGGAAUUAACCAGCAGGUGGAAGACACCGAGGAGCCAGUUGAGCAUUCAAAUAAGAAGGAAAACAUCUGUUGGCAUGGAAAAGUGAUUAUUUCCCAAGCUACCGAGUACGGCACAUCUGGCCUGGCUCUUUCGACUCUGUCUGCUUGUCAAAUUUUGUUCUUUCAGGAAACCUUACAGAAACAAACCUCAACCAUCUGGAACUCAGAAACUCAUGUGGGGCUGACUGUGGCUUCGAGAACAUCCAGGUGUUCUGCAGAUGUGAGCUUUACCCUGCAAUCACCAGAUGGAGUCCAGAGCAGAUGCAAGACUUGGGCUGUGGCCGUAGCCUCCCUGAGUGCAGAGGGUCACUUACUUGCUAACUGGCCAAAGAAUGGUUAUUGACAACCUUGUGUGAAUGCUUCUCCUAACCAGUCAUCUUAUUGACCUGUGAUGAGAAGACAUCUCCAGGGGGCCAAUCCGAUUUAGGGUGACACAUUUCCUGACUCUUGGAUUAGGAUUCCAGAUGGGGCCUUUCUUUCUGUAGCUCGUACUGUUCCUGUAGCCAUUACUAACUCCAGUGUGUUUUUUGCCAACUGGACCCAUGUUCCUUGGUGGCUUCCUGCACUCAAGGUGAACAAAGAGAAAACUCUUCGAGAUAUCUGUGGUGGGGGCCCUUUGUCACUCGAUCGAGACGACAGGAGUCUGUGCAUGCCACCAUGGGCUGGCUUUUUCUAAAGGUUUUGUUGGCUGGCAUGACUUUCUCUGGAUUGCUCUACCCUCUUGUGGAUUUCUCUAUCAGUGGGAAAACAAGAGCCCCCAAACCAAACAUUGUGAUCAUUUUGGCUGACGAUAUGGGAUGGGGUGACCUGGGGGCGAACUGGGCAGAAGCAAAGGGCACUACUAAUCUUGACAAGAUGGCUUCUGAAGGAAUGAGGUUUGUGGACUUCCACGCAGCUGCCUCCACCUGCUCGCCUUCGCGAGCCUCCCUGCUUACCGGCCGACUGGGUCUACGCAACGGAGUCACGCACAACUUUGCCGUCACCUCUGUCGGGGGGCUUCCACUCAACGAGACCACCUUGGCCGAGGUGCUGCAGCGGGCUGGCUAUGUCACUGCCAUGAUAGGCAAAUGGCAUCUUGGGCACCACAGUUCUUAUCACCCCAAUUUCCGCGGUUUUGAUUAUUACUUUGGAAUCCCAUACAGCCAUGACAUGGGCUGUACCGACACCCCUGGCUACAACUACCCUCCCUGUCCAGCAUGUCCCCAGAGCGAUGGCCUAUGGAGGAGCCCCGAGAGGGACUGUUACACAGAUGUAGCCCUUCCUCUCUAUGAAAACCUCAACAUCGUGGAGCAGCCUGUGAACCUGAGUGGCCUUGCACGCAAGUAUGCGGAAAAGGCAGUGGAGUUCAUUGAGCAGGCAAGCACCCAUGGAAGACCCUUCCUGCUCUAUGUGGGCCUAGCCCACAUGCAUGUGCCUUUGUCUGCGACUCCACCAUCCGAAAACCCAUGGAGCAAAAGGGCGUACCAUGCAAGUCUCCGGGAGAUGGACAGUCUGGUAGGGCAGAUCAAGGACAAAGUUAGCCAUGUAGCAAAAGAAAACACGCUCCUCUGGUUUACAGGAGACAAUGGCCCAUGGGCUCAGAAGUGUGAGCUGGCAGGCAGCGUGGGUCCCUUCUUUGGACUGUGGCAAACCCAUCAAGGCGGAAGUUCAGCCAAGCAGACCACCUGGGAAGGUGGGCAUCGUGUUCCAGCACUGGCUUACUGGCCUGGCAGAAUUCCAGCCAAUGUCACGAGCACUGCCUUGCUAAGCAUACUAGACAUCUUCCCCACGGCGAUAGCCCUGGCGGGAGCCAGCUUGCCUCCCAACCGGAACUUCGACGGGCUUGAUGCCUCCAAGGUGCUCUUUGGCAGGUCGCAGGUGGGGCACAGGGUGCUGUUCCACCCCAACAGUGGGGCGGCUGGAGAGUACGGCGCCCUGCAGACCGUUCGCCUGGACCAUCACAAGGCCUUCUUCAUUACUGGUGGAAUUCCUCACUUGGACCCAGACCUCACUGAUUCAGCCAGCUUGCUCCAAAGAUUCUGUCUCUGCCUCCCGAGUGCUGGGAUUACAGGUGGAGCCAAAGCUUGUGACGGGAGCACGGGUCCUGAGCAGCGCCACGCUUCCCCUCUCAUUUUCAACCUAGAAGAUGAUGCUGCAGAAGCCAUGCCCCUACAGAGAGGAAGCCCCGAGUACCAGGCAGUGCUGCCGAAAGUCACCAGCGUUCUGGCCGACGUCCUUCGAGACAUUGCUGAUGACAAUGUCUCCCGAGCAGACUACUCUCAGGAUCCUUCAGCGACUCCCUGCUGUAACCCCUACCAAAUUGCCUGCCGUUGCCAAACAGUGUGAUGGGUGUUUUCUCCCCUAUGAGAAAGACUAUCUGGAAAUCGUAGACAGGUUAGGUUCACUUCCAAACUACUAGAUGUCUAUUUUAGGAAGGAGGUUGCACAAUCUGGUUUGGAAGCCAUGGCUUUUCCUCUCCCUGUGUAGACUGCCCCCUCCACAUGCGGGUUUGAGACGCGUCAAGUGGGCACACUGGGCACGGCAGGAUUAAGCACCAGUGGGCACACGGAGUUGCGCCACAGGUCCAAGCCCUAGGUUUUAAGCUUGGGCGAUGACUUAAAUCUCAAUUGCAAAUUGAUUUUGAAAGUUAACACGUGAAGUUGCCUGUGUAUGUCCCCAGCACCAAGGGGUCCUUAAUGUUUUACUUUCUAUCUUGUGUGCCCAGUUCCCCCGGUCACUGGAGCACAAACAUUCUAGCUGGUAUGCAUUGCUUGGCCAUCUCCAGUACACACACAGACCACCAGGGUCUGAGCAGAAUCUGGCUCAGGGGAUCUGGAGGAAGGUCUGGGAGACUACAGUGUUGCUGGAUUCCUUUGAGAUGCCUUGAGCAGCACAGAGCUAAACCGAAGCUAGGUCUUCCCGGGCCUUGGAGCAGAAGAACUCAUGGGCCUUCUCUCUUGUAAAUGCCAAAUGGGAAGGCUAUAAAGAUUUAGGAGUUUGGGGCUGGAGAGCUGGCCUAUCAGCUAAGAGCAUUGGACCUGGGUUCUGUUCCCAACACCUACACGGUGGCUUAAACUCUAACAGCAGUUACAGGGGACUCACUACUCUCCUCUGGUCUCUGAGAAUUUCAGGCAUGUGCAUGGUGCACAUACAUACAUACAUGUAGGCAAAACACUCAUAUAGUAAAAAAAAAAUCUCUUAAAAUAAGAUUUAAGAUUUCUUCCCAGUCUCUACAACUUCUAAGAAAUAAAACAAAAAAAAUGUAAACAACUCACAAAUGCAUUGCCAUGAUUUUAUUUCAUUAGUGUCCUGAAUGGGACUCAAGGGUAAUAAACGAUUUAUUCCAA